UUUUCCCUUCUCUGUUACAUUCUGUUGCUAUCAUCGGAUUGUGUCACACUGUUGCAACAGUUCUUUGUUCAGCCACUGUCUUAGAAUUUCUGUAUAUGGGACAGAUAAGAUCCUUUGAAGAGAUGCAAUCAUUAACCUUUCUUUACAGGAAGGAUUUAGCAGGCGUUGAACAGACAUGAUGAGGUAAACAACAUGCCUGGUUGGAUCCAGAAACUUUGGAAUUCAAGAGUAUCUUCAUCAUCACGACGUGAACAAGAAACAAUGGUGGCAGAAAAGUCAGUGUCUUCUGCCAGCAGUCUUUCAACUUCACCCUCAUCUAAAUCAUCAUGCUCCUCUUCGUCAUCAUCAUCCCUGUUGACAACCCCUACAAAACCACAACAGCCACAGUCUGCUCCGAGGUCAAUGCUGCGAUGGAGCAGAAAGUAUGACGUGUUCGUGUGCCACAGCCCGGUGCACGGUGACAUUGAAGAAGCUUUACGCCUGGUCUCUUUCCUGGAGGCAUCACCCCGGAGCCUGAGGUGCUUUCUAAAGCAGAGGGACACCUGUCCAGGAGGUGCAAUUUCCACAGAGUUAUGUGAGGCAGUGCAGGACAGCCACUUAAGAGCUCUGCUGAUCACUCCUGACUUCCUGCAGGAUGACUGGUGCAAGUACAUGAUGCACCAGGUUCUGGCAGAGGGGCCUAUGUCCAAUCGGAUUAUCCCCCUGGUUCAGAACAUGUCCAACUCUCAAUAUCCUAAGGAACUGAGAUUCUAUUACUACAUUGACCUGGGCAGGAAUCCUGAACGGGGUUAUACUCUUGUGAACAACACUGUGCUCAAGUUUCUUAAAGACCUGGCUAAAAGUGAGUAGACACUUGAUUGAAAUAUGGACAACUCUAGCGAUGGACUAAGUGGAGAAGAAAGCUCCCAAAAAGACAAGCUAAUGUCAAAGUACAACCCCACUCUGACUUCCAUACCACUGGAAGUAAUAGAGAAGAGAGAUGAAAGCUUCAAUGGUGUUCAUGAUCAUCAUCAUCAUCAUCGGUAAUGAAAGACUGUGUUGAAGGGUCUUAAAGGAAUGUUAAGCUACAGCUUUGUCUCUUUUUAUGUACGUUACCAGCAUUGUGUGUG